AUAAAAAUUCCUCUUCCUCCUCUUUCUUCUGCUCUAUCCGACAGAGCUGGCAGCCAAAAGAAGAAAGACAAAUGCGAACUUAGUUUGAGCCCAUUUAACCCGAUGUCGGAUCACCAGCUCAUCAUGUAGGCAGAUCCGCAGGCGCAGCAUGGACAAGAUUCCCGAAUCUUCUUCCAAAGGGAAGAAACGCUCGCGAGGGGAAGAAAGCGCCGGCGCCGAUGAAACUCCAUCACUCGAGAACGAUCUUACAUUUAGUGAUACAAUGGUGGCGCUUCGAAUAAUGCGAGCUCAGUUUCCGCAGAUUGAGAAGCUUUCGGUUCAACCGUUUAUUUUGAAGUCACAAUUGUAUAGCAGUGUCAAGGACCGAACACAGGUGGAUAGGGAAUUAGAGUCUCUAAAGAGGGAUAAAGUUCUGCGUAUUUUCAAACUGAAUACUGGACAAGAUGACCAUGCGAUAAUGUUUUUGAAUGAUUACUUAAAUCAGAUAGAUCAUGUUAAAAAAAUGGAUAACAAGAAGCAGAGGGAAUAUCAAGUUUUUGACUGGUUCAUAAUUCAUGUUCUUGACUCGAAGCUUGAACCUUGCAUUGAACAUCAACAGCUUUGCUCACUCUUGUCACUUGGGGGAAAGGUGAAGGACAGUGACAUAUCCCUUUUAAUUAAUGCAGGCGUCCUUACUCGGCAACUUAUUGAUCCAAACAUGUAUUGGUUUGCAAUUCCAAGCAUUGGCUCACUACUUAAGGGUCUUGCUCAGGGAAGAAAGGAAAUUAUGUCUCUCCUCAACCGUCGUAAGUAUAAAGAGAUGAUGUUAAGUUCUUUGGAAAAGAAGCGCCUGCGAAUGUCUCCACUUGAUAUGAGAUUUCAUCUACGCGAUCUGAUUGGAUCUGGUCAUCUCCAAACUAACUCGACACCAACUGGUUUAGUUGUUCGAGUCUCAAAAGAUUAGGGUUUUGGAAUCUCCUAGAUGUAUUUGGAUCCAUCAAAUGAUUUGGUGGCAUCUAUCAUGGCUAUCAAACUAACAAACAGGUUGAUCAGGAGAACGAGUCAUGUGUUAUUCAGCUUGAUCGAGAGAGCAAGGGAUGGACAUCAGGCAAUCACGCUAACCUUCAUUGAUAAACUUGGAUGAAUAGAAGCUAAUGCUUCUAAGAAUGAAGCAUCUUCCCGCUCUUGCUAGCAAUCAAUGCCCACAAAUGGUCGAAACUUGUAAGAGACCAUGACAUACUAUUUUCUCUGGAUUGUGAUUGCCCCUGGCGCUUCCUUGAUUAGUGGUCUGAGUAUCAGACAUCAGCGGAGGAAAUCAAGACACGAGCAGCAGUAGAUUACGGCCUUUCGUUCCUUAAUCAUUGUACGUACUACGUUGCCUCUACGUCGCGCUGUUUGCUGCCUCUUAUUAAUUAAUAUUAAAUAAUAAUUAUAACUUUUUAAUUUAUUAUAUAAAACUUUAACCAUCAAUUUAUUA